AAAAGAAAGCAGCUAAAAAAUAAAACAAAAUAGCGUGUAUUUCAAAUUUUCUACUGUUGGACAUUACAAAAAUACACAACACAAUUUUGUUUCACGAAGAAUUCUAUGCAAAAAAACAAAGAAAGAAAACAUCUAAAAUGUACUUGUAGUACUUGUAACUGUAAAAAGAAAAAACCCAACAACAAAUUUUCAAUAAUUUUAUGAAAAUUAUUAAAUCUUAUAAUUGCCAUCAAACAAAUGCAACGGACCAACGCCAUUUAAGUGAUAAACUACAAACAAACAACCAACAACAACAACAACAAAAGUGCUGUGAUUUCCAACUACAAAACAACAACAACAACAACAACAAGAACAACAAAUCAAGUUAAUUUCAACUCAAUCAGCAGCAUAAAUUUAAACAAACAACCAGCAAAUUGUGAUAAAUAAUAAAUAAUAAAUAAUAACAAGAAAAACGAUUAAUUAAAUUUGUUAAAGCGUUUCAAGUGAUACAAAAAGAAGCGAAAUCAAUUCUUGAAUUAGAAGCGAGAAAAUCGACAACAGAACAUUUUCCCCAAUAUCAAGAAUUCUAAUGAAAAUGGAAGUUCUCGCUGUGCAGUCUAACUACGGCGGCGUCCUGGGAUCCAACAAAGUUCGAGAUUGGACCAGCACAUUGACACCGCCCACGUCCGCCGUUGCGGCCAAGAAGGUCGCCACCGUCGCCAACAGCGCCAGCAGCGCAGCCAGCAGCGGCAGCAGCAUCAUCGGCCGCGGCCAGAACACACACAGUAUUAAGCACAAGCAGCAGGCGAGCAGCAGCAGCGGCAGCGGCAUCGGCAGCAAGAAAACAAAAUCUAGCAGCCAUCCCAUCUACAGCAGCAGCAGCAGCAACAGCAGCAGCAGCAGCAGCAGCAGCAACAGCUCCUACAGCUGCGAUGAGGACGAGCUGGCGGCCUGCAGCGACGUCGAUGUGGCCGCUGUUAGCGAGCUUUCGAACCGUCUGCUGGACAAGCUGCGCGAGGCGAAGGCGCGUCAUUUGGCGUGCACCGAAGUGUCGCUACCCUGUGAUCUCACGCCGAACAUUGCGGCGGAUAUAAUUCGCGUUUCGGAGAAGGAGCCAUGCGGCACACGCGGCUGCACCAUCUACGUGGAGUUCGAGGAUGAGCCACAGAACUCGCGGCGCAUUGCCUCGCUCAAAGUGGACCCGGAGACGGUGUCCACGUUCGAGGUGUAUCUCACGCUCCGGCAGGAUCAUCGCGGCUGGACGGCCCUGUUGCCGCAGUUCAUGAAGAGCCUGGCACGCACCAUCACCAUCAGCCCCGAGUAUACCAUAACCAAGCAUAAGCUCUACUCGGCCGAUGGCCUGGGUGCCAGGCGCAGUUACAGCUUUGGCUCAAGCUCCAGCUCAAGCUCAAGCCAUAGCCAGGCGAUUGCAACGCCAACGAUAUAAGAGCGAGAGUGCAAUCCAGAGCUUAAGCGCGAGCAAUUGCCGAGUGAGAGAGAGAGAGAGAGAGAGAGAGAGAGACGGAGACGCAGUUAUAUUUAUAUACACAUAUAUAUAGAAGCGAGCCCAGCGAGUGCGACAAAGAAGCGCGCCCAACACCGCCCAACACCCCCUGUGAUGUCGAGAGCAGUAGUUAGUUGCGAGCGCAACGCGACGACGAAGCAAGUAUUCGAAGCCACCCCACCUACACAAAUACACACACACACACACACUCACAGACACACGCAUACACAUUAGUAUACGACACUCACACUCACGAACACACUCAUACUAAUAACAAGGAGUUGCUGCUGAGCCUGCGCCGCUCGCUCACCCGCAACUCUUUGCAUACAAUUUUGUAAUUGUGACUCUCACCACCAUUUUACUUAGAUGCGUAGUAGAUGCUAUAAAAAGCAGCAACAAAACAAAAAGCAAACAAAUAACUAGUGUUUUAAGUUGUUUCUCCUUUUUCAACAAACGAAACAAAAAAAAGCAAAAACAAAAAAAUUAUAAAAUAAACAAAAAAAAGAAAACAUGAAAUUCAAAGACGGCGAUCCGCAAGCCACAGCAGCGAGCGUCAGGGCCAGGGCCAGGCAGGCAAUUCUGUUGCCAGCCCUCGUUCUGCCUCUCUCGCUCUCUCUGCUGGGCCGCUGCGAGGGUCGCUCGUCGACAACUCAUGAAUAUGUGAUACUGUUUAAGAUGCUAAGAGUUUUUUGCGUGCGCUCGCAAGUACGGCCAGGCAAAAAACGUUGAUAAAUACACACACACACACACACACACACACAC